AAUCUGAAAAGCACCGGAACCAUAUAAAAAUGCCUCUUUCGCCGCCGACUUGGUCCUAAACAAGUAUACAACCACGCUUCCUUGAUUCAUUCUCCCUCCGUCAGAUCCAUGGCCGCUGCUCUCCCCACCCUGAAUCUCAGAACAGGACGCUGAGUUAGUACAGUACUAGACAGCCAGCCAUGGGGCUUCCUGGCGCCGCCGCGGCGGUCGGCACGGCGCCGGGGUUCUUGGGGAUGAAGAGCGGCAGCAGGUACGUGCGCAUGGACGACGUGCUCCAUCAGGAUCACGCCGGCGCCGGCGACGGAGGCGUCGGCGUUCGCGGCGGCGGCGGCGGCGGCGCGAGGAGAUACGUGCUCGCCUGCUCCGUCUUCGCGUCCCUCAACCACGUCCUCCUCGGCUACGACGUGGGCGUGAUGAGCGGCUGCAUCAUCUUCAUCCAGAAGGACCUGGGCAUAAACUCGGUGCAGCAGGAGAUCCUCGUGGGCUGCCUCAGCUUCAUCUCCCUCCUGGGCAGCCUGGCCGCCGGCCGGACCUCGGACGCCGUCGGCCGGAAGCGCACCAUCGGCCUCGCCGCCGCCGUGUUCCAGGCAGGGGCCCUCAUCAUGACUCUCGCCCCGUCCUUCUCCGUCCUCAUGGCCGGGCGUCUCCUCGCCGGCGUCGGCAUCGGGUUCGGGCUCAUGGUUGCCCCCGUCUACAUCUCCGAGAUCUCCCCAGCGAGUCAACGGGGGGCCAUGGCGUCCUUCCCGGAGAUCUUCAUCAGCCUCGGCAUCCUGCUGGGCUACGUCUCCAACCUCGCCUUCUCGGGGCUCCCGGCCCACCUCGGCUGGCGCGUCAUGCUCGCCGCCGGGAUCCUCCCGUCGCUCUCCGUCGCCUACGCUCUCGCCGUCAUCCCCGAGUCGCCGCGGUGGCUCGUGAUGCAGAGCAGAGCCCCCGAAGCUCUCGCGGUUCUGUUGAAGGUCACGGAGACGGAGGGGGAGGCCGAUGAGAGGCUGGCGGAGAUCGAGGAGGCGGCCGCCAUGGAUUCCGGCGGGGAGAAGGCGGCGGUGUGGAGGGAGCUCGCGCGGCCGUCGCCGGCGGUCCGGAGGAUGAUGGUGGUGGGCUUGGGCGUGAUGUUCUUCCAGCAGGCCACGGGGAUCGACGCGCUGGUGUACUACAGCCCUACCAUCUUCCGCGACGCCGGGAUCACCUCCGAGAGCGCGCUGCUCGCCGCCACGGUCGCCGUCGGGGUCUCCAAGACGGCGUUCAUCGUGUUCGCCAUCGCUCUGAUCGACCGCGUGGGAAGGAAGCCGCUGCUGUACAUUAGCACGGCCGGCAUCACGGCGUGCCUGGCCGCGCUCGCCGCCGCGCUCUCGGUGCCGUCAAUGGCGAGCGGCGGGGUGGGGAUCGCGGUGGCCAUCGUGACGGUGUGCGGCUUCGUGGCGUUCUUCUCGGUGGGGAUCGGGCCGGUGAACAUGGUGCUGAGCUCCGAGAUCUACCCGCUGCGGCUGCGCGCGCAAGCGGUGGCGCUCGGGCUCGCCGUCAACCGGCUCACCAGCGGCGCCGUCGCCAUGUCCUUCCUCUCCAUCUGCGGCGCCGUCUCCGUCGCCGGCGCCUUCGCCGCUUUCGCCGCCAUCUCGGCCCUCUCCGUGGCGUUUGUCCACUGGUUCGUGCCGGAGACGAGCGGGAAGACGCUGGAGCAGAUCGAGUCGCUCUUCGGCGGCGGUAAUGGCGGAGGCAGCGAGGUGGAGCUCGGGAUCGGCGACGAGGAGCAUCUGGUGCACGACGAGGGAUGAGAAUUUCCGCUUACCUCGGAGUCGCCCGGGCGUCCUUUGCAUCCAUGAUUUUUAGUAGCUUGGUAGAGGAGGAGGAGGACAUUGAUGCACAGUGAGAAGGGCAUCGCCGUGUCAGCUGAAUUUUGUAGAACAGAGAGUCCUGUCCUGUUUCAUUCACUGCUCCAGAGAAAUUACGUCAAGGUUUUACUUGCUGCUCUAACUGUUAAUUAUUCAGUGUGAUUACAAUUCCUGCACGAGGAGAAUGCUCAAGGCUGAACCAUCGGGGGUUACUCUUCCAACGAAGAAGGAGAAGCAACGAGAUUCUAAGCAAGUCAACGAAGCAAUUCAAUUCGGCGGGGUGAGAACUAAGAAGUCAACGCGAUUAAUUCGGCAAGAAGUGGAGUAAUUAACCAUCCGGGCCGUUACCGUAGCCGAGGAGCACGGAGUUGAGGGAGGCGAGGACGCCGCUGUUGCCCCAUGCUAGCUUCACCGUCCUCCUCCGAGAAGAAGAAGAUCCAAGGAAGGAAGAAGAGGACGAAACGCGAUUUGGUCUCGAAGGCGCCAGCCGUCCGGAGUUGGGGACCGCGUUUUCAAAUGGGACAUGUUCCGUAUGAGCCCCUUGAGUUCCAUGGUAUUUUUGUAAGUUUCACAGUGAGCCCCUUGAGUUAGAAAGUGGUAGAAUUUUAGUUUAUGCUUUGUCUCUUUAAGCUAGUCAUGCCUGUAUUUGAUUCACCUUGUGAUUUGGCUGGCUGUAGGUCAACCAAAGGAUCAGGGGGUCUGAGGGUUACUGUUUUAGUAGUUUUACAAUUUCUAUCUGUUGUGCAAGUGGGUGUGGAAUUUCUAUCUGCUGUAUUGUAGGGGAAUGCCUUGUCUCAGGUUGUACCUAGGCAAGGAGUUUCUCAUCUGGACUAGUCUGAUGCAUGUUAAGUUUUUUCAAGUGAUAGGAAGUAUAAGUUGUUUUGAAAA